CAAAUGGGCAAUAUAUCCCAGAUUCUGAUAUCUUCAUGUCAACUAAGGAAUCGCCAGAAGUGCUACGGCCAUUUGGAACAGGUUGGAAAAUAAAGCCAUCUGCUUCAUCAAAAGUUGAAGUUAAAAUUGAUAACAACAUUUUGAAAUAUGGAGCAGCAGUUAUUUUACGGAAGCAUAACAAUGUAGCUAGGUUUACCAUAAGUUUUCAGAAAGAUCAUUCAAAUGUAAUUAGGACUUUUGAAGCAACUGAAAAUGGUACAAUACCACAAGGAACAAAUGCAAGCCAGAUUCUGAUUCACUUUCAAUCAGUAAAAUCACAAGAACCAAUGACUGUCACUUUGUCAAUUAUUGGCUGUUUCCAAACAAUAA